CAUGCCUUGAAGUUCGGCCACCGCAAACGUGCGACGGGUGUUGCGUAUUUUGCUCCGAAAACAUGAAUCGAAUAGAGAAGCACAUGGAAUGCCGCAAAAAACUGCGGCACACCACUGCGUCCUUUCCCGCAUGCACUUAGCCAGGCCGCCACCAGUGGCACCUUCGUCGGCACGCUCUACGCGUAUACGAAACAAUGGCCGAGUGCUUCGCGGUAAUUCAGCAUGUCUGUCGCACAUUCUUUUACACCGAAGGCUGUGUAGGCCAAGUAAUAUGAACACGUCAUAGUGUAUGUAUGUAUGUAUGUAUGUAUGUAUGUAUGUAUGUAUGUAUGUAUGUGUGUAUGUGGUUCGUCACGGCAAUUUCCAAAAAUUGUGUAUGGUGCUACAUAUAAAUCAUAUUGUAGAGUUUUUAGGGGAAUGUUUCGAAAGGACACAGCAUUCUACCAAAGGAUGGAAGAAUAAAUAGGUCUCCAUCGCACGCACGCUUCUAACGCGCCAACGUCAACUAUCCUUGGAGAUGGUCAGCGGGUGCGCAACCACUGCUUAGUACGGGAGCGCGUGAUCGCGCGAGAGUUUACGACCGACGGGCAGGAAUGAAACGGGGCGAACUUUAGCACUUGACUACGUGCUUCACAAAAAGCUUCGCUUCACACGGAUUCCAAGGUGCGCGUUGGAUGUGCAUAAUUUUUUGUUUCACAGGCGAUCUGUAUCUUCUGGCAUCGAGAGCACUUGAAACAAGUUCAGCAUUCGUGGAAUGAAGUAGAGUACCGGCAUUCUGUCAUGAACCAGCACAGAUGUGGCAUAUAAUGCGAUGGAUACAGAAGCAAAGAAUUAACGCGAAGAAACUUUACGCCUGUCAAACAUUAGGGAGCGAGCGAACGCAGGUUUGUAUCCACGCCACCGUUUUUUCAUACGAAGGCGGCUUUCGGACUUGUUACUUAUCGGGGCGUGCUUCUAAAUUAGCGCUUGCACCGAAAGCGCCGGCCAGGGAAAGGUGCUCGUUUACUGACGGGCACGACGAGUCAGCAGGCAUUUCUUUGGCAUCGCUGCAGCGGUCCAACUGCCCACAAGUGUCGUCGCUGCGGUAAGGGGCGAUGAAGUCGUCAGCGUAACUGCAGUGUGCGGUCACUCCUCGCCACUGCGGGGCAGGCCCCGAUGACGCAGAGGGGGGCUACGCGCCGGCCCAGGACGGCCACGCCCCCGGCAGCUCGGCGGCCUGUCCGAACGACUUUCAGCUGGCGGAGCAGUACGGGGAGCACGUGGUAGCGAUCGCCCACGGCACCCUCCUCGCCGCCCAGUGGGGCGACGCGCACUGGCUCACACGCUGCUCGGACGGGCCAUGUCGCGGCCGCUGUUCUUGUUGCUGUUCGCCUUAGUGGUGGUUGCGGCAUCGUCUGAAUUGCGCCAGCACAGCGACCGUGGUCCCUGGUCGUGGCGGAGACGCUGCAAGGCGCUGCUGCUGCUGGGCCAACAGCAGCCCAGGCACCACCGGCGGAGGCACGAGCCCUUGGCCGUGCACCGGCUGCGCAAAGCUUUCCUGCGAGCACGACAACAGCAGCGGCGACGCAACCCAUCAGCCGACGAGGGCAACGCAGUCGCCACGGGCGACCUCUGCCAGGCUCUGCAGCGGAGGCCCUGGAACAGGUCCCGCCGCAAGAGGCUCCUGGGCCGGCGGCGCAGGCUCGACGUAACUGAUGAGCACGAAGGCAACUCCGGCAUCUCUCCCGGCUCACCGGGACAAGGCGGCGAUGACUCGUGCUCGCGCACCACGUGCCGCUUCGGCGCCGAGUGCCACAGCGACCGGGGCCAGGCGUACUGCCGCUGUCGUCUCUCGUGCGCCGACCAGCUGUUCGCGCCCGUGUGCGGUUCGGAUGGCUUCACCUACUCGUCCGAGUGUCGACUGCGCAUGACCGCCUGCAUCCGGCAGAAGAGGAUCGUCGUCGCACACCAGGGCUCGUGCGACGUGGCCGACCCGUGCCUGGAGAAGAGGUGUGAGUGGGGCGCCGAGUGCCGCCCUACGUUGGACGGACGCGGGGCCGACUGCGUCUGCCCGGACAAAUGUGUCUCGUAUGGGGACGCCCGUGGUUCGAGACCCGUGUGCGGCUCGGACGGCCGCGAUUACCCCAACAGUUGCGAGCUGCGCAGGGCUGCCUGCAACGCCAUGCGGGACGUUCAGCACCGUUUUACGGGACCCUGCGACCCGUGUCGUGGCGUCCAGUGCCCGGCAUCGCAAGUGUGCCAGCUGGACGAGCAGCGCAACCCGAUCUGCCGCUGCAACGGUGCCUGCCCCGGGGAUCUGCGGCCUGUUUGCGGGUCUGACGGACGCACCUACCCCAACGAGUGCCUGCUCCGAGUCGAAGCAUGCCGCUCGCGCCGGUCCCUGCGGCUCGUGUAUGCGGGUGCCUGCUCGCAAGGCCUGAAUCCCUGCGGAGACCUGCAGUGCCCGUUCGAGUGCUCCAUCGACCGAUUCGGAAAAGCCUCGUGUACCUGCCCGCCUCCUUGUGAACAGGUGCUGAGACCCGUUUGCGGCUCGGACGGCAAGACGUACGACUCAGCCUGCCAUCUCCGGCGCGAGGCGUGCCUGGCGGGGGACGCCGAGCUGCGGGUCUCGUACGCGGGACCGUGCGACGCCGCCGCGCCCUGCCACGGCUUCCGCUGCCCGCCGGGCGCCUUCUGUGCGCCCGACGCUAGCGGCCAACCGUCGUGCCGCUGCCCGCCCUGUUCGGAGGAGUUCGAGCCCGUGUGCGGCUCGGAUGGAAUCUCGUACCCUAACGAGUGCAAGCUCAGGCGCGAGACCUGCCAGCGGAGUACAGCCCCGGGAGGCUCCGCGCUGCCUCCCGUGGCCGUCGCGCACCCUGGGCUCUGCUCGGACCCGUGCGACGGCCGCCAGUGCCCCUUCUAUGGUGUCUGCGAGGGUGGCGCCCGCUGCGGGUGCCCGCCGCCGUGCCCGUCUCCCGUGGACGACGCGGUGUGCGGCUCGGACGGCCUCACGUACGCCAACGAGUGCGAGCUGCGGCGCGCCUCGUGCCGCCACCAGCGGGCCAUCGCGGUGGCGUCGCGGGGCGCCUGCGACGUGUGCCGCGGAGUGCGCUGCGAGCUCGGCGCACGCUGCGAGAGCGGCGUCUGCGUGUGCCCGCGAGACUGCCCCGAAGGGUUGGAGCCCGUGUGCGACACCCGCGGCCAGCCGUACGCCAACGAGUGCCAGCUGCGCAGGGCUUCGUGCCAGCAGGGCCGCGACUUGGGGCCUCCCAGGCCCUGCGUGGGCGCUGGCCUCGACCAGGACCCGGACGGCGGCAGUGGGGACGGGUGCAGCUGCCGCUUCGGCGCGGUGUGUGCGCCCGGCGGAGACUGCCAGUGCGACAUCCACUGCGACGCGGUGGGCCACGGAGCCGUGCGGGUGUGCGCCACGGACGGCUUCUGGUACCCGAGCAGAUGCCACGUGCAGCAGGAGGCCUGUCGCCGCCAGAAAGACGUACGACCCGCGGACGGCCCCGAGUCGUGCGCGGGGGGCAAGAAGGGACCCAAGACGUGCGCCCAGAGCGCGUUCGGCUGCUGCUCGGACGGGGUGACGCCCGCGAUGGGCGUCCACCAGGCCGGCUGCCCCAGCGUGUGCAACUGCAACCGGCUCGGCUCCCUGGCGGCCACGUGCGACGCGCUGAGCAGCCAGUGCGCCUGCAAGCCUGGCGUGGGUGGCCAGAGGUGCGACCGGUGCCUGGCUGGCUACUGGGGGCUGCACCGGAUCGCCGACGGCGUCAACGGCUGCUCGCCCUGCCAGUGCUCGCCGCUCGGCUCAGUGCGCGACGACUGCGAACAGAUGACCGGACGCUGCGUCUGCAAGCACGGCGUCCAGGGCAUGAAGUGCACCGAGUGCACGGAUCCCGGGGCGCUGCUGGGUAGCCACGGUUGUGCCUCAGCGUCUGCGCCUUCGCCGCCAUCCACUUGCGAGCAGUGCACGGGCGGACCAGAGGAAGGCGGGCCCGUCUGUGGCUCGGACGGCAACACUUACGCGUCGGCCUGCCAGUUGCGCCAGUUUGUGUGCCGUCUGCAGCGAAACUUGACCGUGCGCAGUCCAGGGCCCUGCGAGGAGGCUCCCCCGUCACCUACGGCAGGGCCCGUUCGGAGGUCGACGGCCCACAGAGACGCCGCCGUCGACUCCGAGUUCCAGGGUUGGUUCCAGGGCAGCCCGGGAGGCGACCCCCUGGGCGGGUUCCCGCCGCUAAGCACGCGACCAACGGCGGCCACUGAUGAGCCCCAGGAAGGCCGUCCUCCUGUCGCCGGCACCGAGGAGGAGGAGGAGGAGGACAUCCGUGGUGACGAAGAGCGAGCGCCGCCAGAGUCCCCGCCACUGCAGCCGUUGCGCGUGCCCCAGUUCUCCGGCCGCUCUUUCCUGGAGCUGCACCGGCUGCAGGCCUACACGGGUCUGUCGCUCGAGCUGGAGCUGAAGGCGGACGCGCCAGAUGGGUUGCUCCUGUAUAACGGCCAGACCACUUCGGGUGCCGGGGACUUCGUGUCUUUGGCGUUGCGAGACGGGCACCUCGAGUUCCGCUACAACCUCGGCUCCGGACCCGUGCUGCUGCGCGCGCCCAAACCGCUCACCAUGGGUCGCUUCCACCGGGUGGUGGCGAAGCGGUAUCUAAAAGACGGCUUCCUCACGCUGGACGGCGAGGCAGACAUCCGCGGUCGAUCGGGCGGCCUGCUGCAGUCCCUGGACCUCGCCGAGAACUUGUUCGUCGGCUGGCUGCCGGGUCCUCGUGGCCUGGGGCCCCCCGCGGGCGUCCUGGACAACGUGGGCGGCGUGGAGCGAGGCUUCCGGGGCUGCCUGCGCCGGCUGCGGCUGGGCAAGCGCGACGUCCGCCUGUCGGGCGCGUCGCGCGACGUGCUGCGCGCCGUGCGCCUCCGGGAGUGCGGCCCGCCGUGCGGACCGUGCCUGAACGGCGCCACCUGCCUCGACCACGCGCCGGCCAACUACAGCUGCCUGUGCGCGCCGGGAUUCCAGGGCGCCCAGUGUGAGCGUCCCCGCCGUCGAGCGUGCGAGCCGGACCCGUGCGGCGUGGGAGCCUCGUGCGUUGCGCGGGGCAGCGCCUUCUCGUGCCGUUGCCCCGCGGGCCGCAGCGGCCGCCUGUGCGAGGGCCGAGCGGCGGUGCCAGAUUUCGCGGGCGACGGAUACCUAGAGCUGCCGCGCCUGCACAACGUGGGACAGGCAUUCUCCCUCGAGCUGUGGUUCCUCACCAGGGCUCCUCAGGGUCUCCUGCUCUACAACGGUGGAGGAUCCUCCGGCCGAGGUGACUUCCUGGCACUGCGACUUGAAGCCGGACGUGUCCAGUUCCGAUACGACUUGGGUUCUGGGGCAGCGAACGUUUCGGGAUCUGUACUCCUCGUGUCCCCCAAUGAAGUGACUCUGAACCAAUGGCACGUGGUGCGUGUGACGCGCACUCGCAGAGAGGGCUCCUUACAGCUCGACGAUGGACCCACAGUGCACGGAGAAUCGAGUGGCCCGCUGAGCGAACUAAACCUGGAGCAGCCGCUGUUCCUCGGCGGGCUGCCGCCGGAGGCCGCGAUGAGCGUCGACGCGGGACCCCGCUCGCCCGGUCUGGACGGGGCGCUGCAGCGUCUGGUGCUCAACGGGGAUGCCUGGGCCGACCUGGUGGCACGGGCGGCGGCCUCGGAACGCGUCUCCGAGCACCGUGGGCCACCGUGUAUGGGUGGUGGGGCAGCCGGGCCCUGCCUCAACGGGGGCAUUUGUCUGCCCCAGCUGGCCGCACACUCGUGCCUGUGCCCGGCGCACUUCGGCGGAGCCCUGUGCGAACUCGCCUUCGAUGAGGCCCAAAGGAGACCCGUUGCCUUUCGGGGAACGUCCUUCCUGCACUUCAGGCACGGCUCUAGGGAGCCUGGCGUCGACGAAGAGCCCUUAGGCGGCGCCCCAGAGAACGAGGUGGAGAUUCGCUUCCAGAGCCGGGAGCCUCGCGGUCUGCUGCUCUGGACGGGCGGGCGUGGAGACCACAUGGCGCUUGCGCUGGACCAAGGCAGGCUGGUCGUCUCGUACGACUUGGGCGCUCGACGUCAGGAACUGUGGUCCGGGUCGCGGCUCGACGAUGGCCGCUGGCACACGGCGCGGCUACAGCGCCAGGGCCGCCUGGCCACACUGGUGGUGGAUGGUGCGAAGCCUUUGAGCUCGACCGCUGCCCCCGGCGCCACGCAGCUCAACACGGACGGGCUGCUGUGGCUGGGCGGGUGCCCCAAGCUGCCGCCCGGGCUGCCAGCCGCGCUCUACUUGGGCUUCGUGGGCUGCAUACACGAGGCGACCGUCGACGGGCGUCAGCUGGCGCUCGCAGGUCCGCCCUGUUCCGACACCUGAACGAUCAUCACUGAAGCGUGACGCGCGAAGAGGCAGCAUGGAAGACAAGCCCGGCGCUCGUCUAUUGCGCCUCUCUUCGUUGCACGCAGCCACGUGGAGUGACCGAAAGGGGCCGGUAGCCACACGCACGAUAGGACCACCGACCGUCGUACCUUGCAUCAAAAAAAGAUCGCCCAGUUCCUUCCUCUUGGGCUUUCCAUCUCGACUGCCUGCGCACUACACGCAUUGCGAAUAUUUUGCUUUCAGCGGUGUGAAAACAACUGCAGUACCAGGGGCAACGACACUUGUCGCGUCACUAUACACGAAAGGAAUAUGGAACUGCAUUAGUACCUAGCAUCAA